AUGACGACUAUACAACCCUUUGAAGCUACUGAUUUAUUUAAGUUAAAUAAUGUCAAUUUAGAUACUUUGACAGAAAACUUCCCGAUGGAAUUCUACUUUGAAUAUUUGAUACUAUGGCCUGGUCUAUUUUUCAAGAGUGUGGAGGAGACAGUGAAUAUUAAGAAGAAUAACCAUAAUAUAUCUGGCUAUAUGAUGGGGAAGACAGAAGGUAAGGGACAAGAUUGGCAUACACAUAUUACUGCAGUGACUGUAUGUCCUGAAUUUAGAAGAAUUGCACUUGCAUCAAAGUUGUGUAAUUCAUUGGAAGCAAUUACAGAUUCUUCACCUCAUAAUGUUAAUUUUAUUGAUCUAUUUGUAAAAUGUAACAACACAUUAGCCAUAAAAUUAUAUGAUCAAUUGGGAUACGAUGUAUUUAGAAGGGUAGUUGGUUAUUACAAUAGUCCAUCAGAUGGGUAUCCUGAGACAUUGAAGAAAAUAAAUGACGAUAAAGAUGCAUUUGAUAUGCGUAAAGGUAUGGCAAGAGAUAAUGGGAAAAGUGUAAGAACAGACGGUAGGAAACAUAAAUGCUAUCCUCAUGAUGUAAAAUUUUAA